AUGAGCGACACAUCUUUGAAAGCCGACCAUCUGUGUGUUCUGGUCCAUGGACUGUGGGGCAAUCCAUCUCACUUGGAUCAAGUAGCCACUGCACUCGAAGAACGACAUGGCGAGAAGUUGCAUAUCCUUUGUGCCAAAGAAAACAGUGGCAAUUUCACCUACGACGGCAUCGAGUUGGGCGGCGAGCGCUUAGCGCACGAAAUCGAGGACACGCUAGAUACCCUGGAGAAAGAGGGCCAGAAGAUUCGAAGAAUUAGCGUUGUCGGCUACUCCCUUGGAGGUCUUGUCGCAAGAUAUGCCAUUGGACUAUUAGAAGCUCAAGGUUGGCUUGACAAAGUGGAGCCUGUCAACUUCACGACAUUCGCCUCUCCACAUGUCGGAGUGAGAGCACCGCUAAAGGGCUGGUGGGGCAAGUUCUGGAAUGUGAUGGGAGCUCGCACAGUCUCUAUGUCUGGCCAGCAAUUAUUCAUGGUUGACUCUUUCCGUGAUACUGGUCGACCACUCCUGAGCGUCCUCGCAGACCCAGAGAGCAUUUUCAUCAAAGGCUUGAAAAAGUUCCAGAACCGUUCUACCUAUGGCAACAUUCUAAACGACCGAACGACCGCAUUCUAUACGACGACCCUCUCCAAAGUGGAUCCUUUCCAGGAUCUCGACAAUAUCAAUAUCAAUUACGUUGAUGGCUAUGAGCAAGUUAUUAUCGAUCCUAACGACUACCUACUACCUUCGGUAUCGAGUGAUUCGGACUCUGUGACUGCGACAACAUGCGAUAGACACAAAGCAUUUAUGAGGGAUGCGCCUUUCUGGAUGCUCGUUCUCGUUCUGAUCGGGCCCGCCUCAACAUUAUUCCUUGCCAACUCUGCCAUACAAACCUUUCGCAGUCAGCGAAGAAUAAAAUUGCACGCGGAAGGAGAUAAUGGGCUACGCUUCGGAAGAUACAAGAUACCUUUGCUCAUACGUGAUGCUCAAAGCGCCCUUGAAGAGGUCUUUGAGCAUGCAAAUGCCCACCAGGAGCCAGCUUAUCUCUCGAGCACCGAAUCCGAUAUGUCUGAUCUAUCCGAGAGCAAAGGACAAAGAUUUUCAAAGUCAGGCAAACGGAGCAGGUCACCAUUUGGCUCAAUUUCGUCUAAGAAGACCCACCGUGCCAGCGUUGAACACACGCAUCAUCAUCCAAAACUCGCCUUGACACCUGAACAAUUUGCUAUCAUCGAUAAUUUGAAUGAUGUGGGCUUCACCAAAUACCCCGUCUACAUUCACAACCACCGGCAUACCCACGCAGCGAUUAUUGUUCGCUCACCAAAAGACGGCUUCUACGAGGGCAAAAUCGUUAUGAAGCAUUGGCUGGAUCAAGGAUUCGUCAUCUAA